UUGUUUCGUGUGUGUCCCAAACACGGGGAUUGGUGGGGCCUGCUUUGAGCUGAGCAGUGGCCAAAUAAUGCGUGGAAGACUUGGGUUUCUCAUUAACUCCAGAGUUGAUAUAGUCCCAUCUCUCCAAGCACCAGCCCGUUUUCCUGCCUCCAUCCCAGCUCUGCUGUCCUUCCUUCCCUGCCCAAGCCCUCACCUUGCUCUGCAGCCCAGGACAGUGGCUGUUCCCAGAAGGAGAGCGGAGGAGCUGCGGGGUGGAUGAGAAAAGGAAUAUGCAGACAGAGAAGCACCUCACGGGAACAUUGGUCCUCUCCGUCUUCACUGCAGUGUUGGGCUUCUUUCAGUAUGGCUACAGCCUGGGGGUCAUUAACGCCCCCCAGAAGGUGAUAGAAGCACACUACGGGCGCGUGCUGGGCAUUGUCUCCCCGGACACAUACACCACCAAUGCCUCUGGGGAGGAUGGCACGUUCCUCCAGGCUGGCACAGAGGGCACAUUCCCACCCCCAGCUGGCAUCAGCGAGGACCCCGCUACCUCCCCACACAUCCUCACCAUGUACUGGUCCCUGUCCGUGUCCGUGUUCGCCAUCGGUGGCAUGGUCUCCUCCUUCACCGUGGGCUGGAUCGGCGACCGCCUCGGGAGAGUGAAAGCCAUGCUGGUGGUGAACAUCCUCUCCAUUGCUGGGAACCUUCUCAUGGGGCUGGCGAAAUUUGGGCCAUCCCACAUCCUCAUCAUCUCUGGGAGAGCAGUCACGGGGCUGUACUGCGGGCUCUCCUCUGGACUCGUGCCCAUGUAUGUCAGCGAGGUCUCUCCCACCGCCCUUCGAGGAGCGCUGGGGACGCUGCACCAGCUCGCGAUCGUCACGGGUAUCCUCUUCAGCCAGAUCCUUGGACUAGACUUUCUUCUGGGCAAUGACGAGAUGUGGCCCCUGCUCCUUGGUCUGUCUGGCGUGGCUGCCCUGCUGCAGUUCUUCCUGCUCUUACUGUGCCCUGAGAGCCCCCGAUAUCUUUACAUCAAACUGGGGAAGGUGGAGGAAGCUAAAAAAAAUUUGAAAAGGCUUAGAGGAAACUGUGAUCCAAUGAAAGAGAUUGAAGAGAUGGAAAAGGAAAAGCAAGAAGCUGCUAGUGAAAAGAAAGUCUCCAUAAGACAGCUUUUCACCUCUUCCAAGUACAGGCAAGCUGUCAUCGUGGCACUGAUGGUGCAAAUAUCCCAGCAGUUCUCAGGAAUCAAUGCGAUCUUUUACUACUCCACAAACAUUUUCGAGAGAGCUGGAGUUGACCAACCAGUUUAUGCAACCAUCGGUGUUGGAGUGGUGAACACAGUCUUCACUGUUAUCUCUGUCUUUCUGGUGGAGAAGGCGGGCAGGCGGUCCCUGUUCCUGGCAGGUUUGAUGGGCAUGUUAAUCAGCGCCGUGGCCAUGACAGUUGGGCUUGUGCUCCUGAGCCAGUUUGCCUGGAUGAGCUAUGUCAGCAUGGUUGCAAUCUUCCUCUUCGUCAUCUUCUUCGAAGUGGGGCCUGGGCCCAUCCCCUGGUUUAUCGUAGCUGAACUGUUCAGCCAGGGCCCACGCCCUGCCGCCAUCGCUGUCGCCGGCUUCUGCAACUGGGCCUGCAACUUCAUAGUGGGAAUGUGUUUCCAGUACAUAGCAGAUCUGUGUGGACCAUAUGUGUUUGCAAUCUUUGCGGGUUUGCUCCUCAUCUUCUUCCUGUUUGCACACUUCAAAGUACCGGAGACGAAAGGAAAGUCCUUUGAGGAGAUUGCAGCUGUGUUCCGCCGCAAGAAGCUCUCGGCCAAAGCCAUGACUGAGCUGCAAGACCUGCGAAGCAGCGAGGAGGCAUAG